AUGGCUAAGUUUAGAUUGACUAGAGAAUUGGCCAAUAUUAUCCAGGAUUCUGGCUUGAGCACCACAGAGAAAGACCACGUCUUGGCCAAGGAUACAAUAGACCAUGUGUUCUUGGUGGAAUUCUACCGCACAUAUCGGCCUAGAGCUUCGAUGUUGGAGCUCCUUCAAACCACACAACUCGUGAUUCUUGAUAAGAACCCUCGUAAUGAAAACGAAACAAAACCAGAGCUGUUUGUCAAAUUGAUGGAGGAUCUAAGGCUCAGGAACAAAGAAGAAGAGUACCAAAAACUCGUCAACCCUAGCCCGACAUUGAACACAUUGUACGAGCAAAAAUACCACGAUGAGCCUUUCAAUAGCGUAAGACAGCAUAAGGAAACAAAAACACACAUCACAACUAUGUUCAAUAUAUUAAUUAGUGUUGCCAGUGUGGUUUACGCGAUCUGGUACUGGACAGACUCGUCAUGGGGUAUUAGAGACAGCUACAGGGUAUUGCUUUGCAUUUUCUUCGGUAUACUUAUUCUAGUGGCGGAAGUCGUCGUAUACAUGGGAUACCUUAGACGAAUAGAAGAAGCCAAGAUAAAGGAGCGCAACAAAAAAGAGUUGAAGAAAGUGGUUCGCUCCUUCACCGUUAACUAA